AUGACGCCUCGCUGGAGUUCCGCGCUCCUGCCAACGCUGGCGCUCGCCGCGCUUGCACCCACGCAAGUGCGCGCUGCCGCCGCCGACCAAAUGGACUUCGCUGCCUGUCCGGUCCGCCACAGCCCCGAAUACCACUGCUGCGAGUACUCGGAGACCACCAAGACUACCGAGUCGUACUACGUGGACGGCUGGAACAAGCAGCGCCAAGUCAACUUCCCGUACACCAUGUACCACCCGACCACACAGGAGUUCUACUACAACGAACCGAGCUCGGUGUGUCGGGUGCAGGCUGUGGCCAAUACGGAGACGGGGGAGUUGACGGAGCAGUUGCAGUGCGCCGACACGAACUCGUCGCUGGCCGAGGACUCGCAGGACAGCACCGUUUUCUGGGCAUACGACGGCAAUUCGCGCAGCAACAACGCGUCGUUCCCUGCGGGCGCCAAGUGCUACAGCAUCAUGCUGCAUGAUGGCACCGUCGAUACCCACCUGAAGGAGGCCUGUUCGUCCCCGCUCAAUGCUCCAGGAGAAAGAGAAAUAUCGGCGAGGUUUACCACCUGCAUGGAGACGCCACUGGUUCUGAUUUACCUGUCAUUCUUGGCGUUCUUCGUGUUGUUGGGGGUCUGGGAAGUCUACAGAGAGUACAUGACAAGAGGGGAGCACCCAGCCACUGAAGUUAGUAAAAAACUGCUGGACACGCCGUUGAUGAAGCCGGCUUCGGAAAGUAUCGGUGGCCGCCGCACGAGUAUUCGAGUAUCAGAUGUGAUGAUGCAGGCUUCGGCUAGCGAGGAGAUCGUGCAGACCGGAUACUCGGAUUCGUACGUGGGGACUUUCUGCCAGUACGUGUACAUGCUCAAGCGUGACGACACGGAGGGUUUGCUGGCCGAUCGCUCGGGUGUGUCCGACUUCGUGGCUAAAAUCGAGGGCUUCUUCGCGUCCAAGGGCAAGAUCAGCGGCUACCGCACCACGGUUCCGGUCAUGGAGGUGGACGGUCUCCGCAUCGUGGAGUUCCAACACCUGCGCUACGUGUACGAGGAGACCGAACAGCGCUUCGUCCCUGGUGCUGUGGCGCUCGGACGCACGUACAACGACAUGCUGCAAGAGGCUAGCGGCCUGUCGGACUCGGAGGCCAAGCACCGCAUCAACACGGUGGGCCGCAACUCGGUGGACGUCGAGAUGCCGUCGCUACCGGUGUCCAUGGCGCACGAGUUCUUCACGCUCUUCUACAUCUACCAGAUCAUGUGCUACUACGUCUGGUACUACUUCACGUACUGGAACAUGGGCAUCGUCAUGACGGUCGUGGUACUGGGCGCGGCCGUGGUCAACAUCUACACGCAGCGGCAGAUCCAGUCGUCCAUCGUGCAGAUGACCCGCUACCGCACGGAUGUGACGGUGUUCCGCGACGGUGAGUGGCGCGUGUUGUCCUCGCCCGAGAUCGCUCCGGGCGACCUCGUCAAGGUGUCGGAGAACUGGGUGGUGCCGUGCGAUAUGGCCAUCGUCAAGGGCACGACGGUGUGUGACGAGUCGAUGCUGACGGGCGAGUCGAUGCCUGUGCAGAAGUUCCCGAUCCCGGAGCGCAGCACGGAGGUGUACGACCCGGAGAAGAGCAGCAAGAAGCACACGCUGUUCGCCGGCACGCGCGUGCUGUCCUCGGGCCGCAACGAGGAGAUCCUGGCCAUCGUGCAGACGACGGGAGCUCACACGACCAAGGGCCAGUUGAUCCAGUCCAUCCUGUUCCCGAUCCCCAUGCGCUUCAAGUACAACGAGCACCUCAAGAUGCUGAUCUCGCUUCUGCUGAUCUACGCCGUCAUCGCCUGUAUCCUUGUCAUCAACUUCCUGCUGAGCAACGGCAAGCUCAGCAACCGCUACGCCGCCUUCUGCUACGCCAUUUUCGUGCUCUCGUGCGUCAUCAGUCCGCUUUUGCCCGUGGUCAUUACGGUGGGCCAAGUAAACGCUUCGCAGCGCCUCGAGAAGCAAGGCAUCUUCUCUCUCAACGUCCAGCGGAUCACGCUCUGCGGUAAGGUGCGCAUCUUCUGCUUCGACAAGACUGGCACGCUUACCAAGCAGGGCCUCGACUUCCUCGGCGUGCAGCCCGUCAAGGACUGCAGGUUCACGCCGAUCGUGAACGACGUCAAGGACGCGCCGUCGGCCGAAGAGCUGCUGUACGCGCUGUCGACGUGCCACUCGGUCGGGUCGCUCGAGGACCGCCUGGUAGGCAACGAGGUGGAGGUGCGCAUGUUCACGGCGACGGGCUGGGAGCUGGUGGAGAAGGAGGGCGAGCAGCCGUGCGUCAGGUCCAAGGUGGACCCGGGUCUCGAGCUCGAGUUCGUCAAGCGCUACGACUUCGACCACCACCGCAUGUCCAUGAGCGUGGUGGUGCGCAACCGCAGGAGUGGCAAGUACUACGUGUUCUGCAAGGGCUCGUACGAGCGCAUGCAGCAGCUGAGCUCGGCGGCCAGCGUGCCCGGCGACUACAAGAGCGUGGCCGACCGGCUCGCCAAGGACGGGUGCUACGUGCUGGGUCUGUCGUACCGCGAGCUGCCGAGCGACUGGACGCACGAGCAAGUGGUGGCGUUCGCCGGCAACCGCGAGGCCGUGGACGAGAACCUGUCGCUGCUGGGGCUCAUCCUGUUCCGCAACGAACUCAAGGACGACACGGCCGACGCCAUCGCCAAGCUCAAGGGUGGCGACAUCCGCACCGUCAUGAUCACGGGCGACAACGCCAUGUGCGGCUGCUACAUCGCGCGCCAGAGCGGCAUGGUGGACUCGAGCUCGCGCGUGAUCCUGGGCGAGAUGGUGUCGACGAAGGAGGCCAAGAAGCUAGUCUGGCGCGACGUGGACUCGGAGGAGGAGUACGACCUGGCGGGCGUCAAGCACCUGGUCGCGCAGGGCGAGGACGUGGAGCUGGCCGUCACGGGCGUGGCGUUCGACUACCUGGUGGCCAUGGGCGAGAUCAAGGGCCUGCUGCUCAACAUCCGCAUCUUCAGCCGCAUGACGCCCGACGGCAAGGUGGAGUGCGUCAAGCUGCACAUGGAGACGGGGGCGGUCACGGGCAUGUGCGGCGACGGCGGCAACGACUGCGGUGCGCUGCGUUUCGCGCACGCGGGCGUGGCUCUCAGUGACGCGGAGGCGUCGGUGGUGUCGCCGUUCACGAGCCGGGAGAAGACGAUUCAGUCGGUGGUGGACCUGUGCCGCGAGGGCCGCUGCAGUGUGGCGACUUCGUUCGCAUCGGUCAAGUUCCUCGUCAUGUACGGCCUCAUCGGCUCCGUGCUGCGAAUGUUCAUGUACUACCACGCGAUCAACCUGUCGCAGUGGUGCUGGAUCCUUGUCGAGGGUUUCAUGCUGGUCGGGUGCUCGUACGUCAUUACUCUGUCGAAGCCUCUGGAUGAGUUGAAGGACAUGCGUCCGACGUCCAGCCUCAUCGGACCCACUACGCUGGCCUCGAUCCUCGGACAGGAGGCCAUCAACAUUAUCUACCUGGCCUGCAGCAUCCACAUGCUCUCGAGCGAGGUCUGGUACUGCCCGUUCUCGCCCGACGAUGUCGAUGUGGCCAAGUGGUGGCUGCUCUCGGACAACCACAUGGCGACGAUCCUCUUCGUCUCCAUCAUUUUCCAGCAGCACACGGCGGCGUGGACCUUCAGCUUCGGCUCCAUCUACCGGCAACCGAUCUGGCGCAACUACGUGCUGUUGGCCUUCUUCGCGGUGGUCAUGGCUCUCGACCUGUACCUGCUUCUGGGCGAGCCCAGCAUCGUCACCGACCGGUUCCGCAUCUCGAGCAGCACGAAUGUCGUUGGCCUCCCGGACAUCCCCAUGCCCAUGAGCUUCCGACUCAAGUACCUCGGCAUGAUUCUGGGCAACAUCUUCACCUGCAUCCUGUUUGAGUACGUUGUGGUUCUCGGCCCCGUGCGCUCGUACUUCCGCAACAAGUACCACACGGACGUGCUACCGACGCGGAAGUAG